UUUUCAAAGUGAAUAACAGCUGUUUAGCUGCUGCGUCAAAUGUAAAUAAAACAAAUUGGCAGCUGCCAACAACAACACAGGUUUGCGCGGUCGUGCGCACAACAUAGCACCAUGUGUUAUGUUGACGUUUACGUUUGUUUCCAAUCGAGUGCAGAUGAAAGUUUUAUGUCGUGCUCCACGCUCAGUGCAUCGCAGUGUGCGCUUGGUAUUGAACGUGUUCAGUGAGCAGCGCUUCCAAAAACUUUCGGCAAACAUUGUGCUUCCAGUAUUGAGGUAGAAUAUAAAUAUAAAUAUUGUCGACAGUACAGAAGUGAACAAAGAUGCAAGUGGAGCGCAACCUGGCGCAAGCACAAACGAUUGCGACCAGUACUCAGGCUACUGACAACACAACAGGCGCAACAGUUGCCACAGGUGUGACCGUGAAAUGUGCAACAAUUGCCAAUGUCAGCAGGAAUCAACGGCGCCUACAAGAUGUGGGCACAUUGCGACGCGAAGACUUCGAUGGCGGACCGGUGAGUGUGGAUGAAAUCGUGCCAGGACUAUAUCUGGGUAACCUAACCGCCGCUACACAUAUGGAAACAUUGAAAAAAUUCCAAAUCACCCACAUAUUGACGCUGGACUCAGUGCCGCUGCCACAACAUAUCACUCAGGCGAGCUUUCUUACAACCAAAUACGUGCACAUUGCGGAUAUGCCAAAGGAGGACAUUUUGCACCAUCUGGAUACGUGCACGGACUUCAUAAACAUGGCUAUGGCGCAAAAGGGGCGUGUGCUCGUGCAUUGCUACUUUGGCGUGAGUCGCAGUUCUGCCGUUGUCAUAGCUUUCAUUAUGAAGCAACACGAUCUGGAGUAUCAGGCUGCCUUUGAGUUGGUGCGCUCUAAGCGUCGUUUUGUACAACCAAAUCCCGGCUUCGUGUCGCAAUUGAAGCUCUAUCGGCGCAUGGGCUGCAAAAUCGAACCACAAUUUCAACGUUAUAAACUCUACCGUCUGCGCUUGGCGGGCGAACAAGUGCGCAAAGCGAAAAUAUUGCCACAAUCCUUCAAUAGUCUGAUCAAAUCGGAUCCGGCCGUUACGCAAGAGAACCCGGAGCCCAUUGUCUACCGCUGUCGCAAGUGCCGACGAGUUUUGGUUUCCAAAUCGCACGUACUGCUGCACAACAACAAAUCACUUGUGGCCACGAGUAGUCCGCCAGCCGCAACAAAGCCAAGCGGCAACAACAACGCCGCCGCGGUUGAACCGCAAGCGCCACGACUGCUCGAUCAGAUUGCCGCGCAAAUACGCAAGGCUUCACUGGGCUCACCCACCGGCGCCGCCGCCGCAGAGGGCGAAGGCGAUGCGGCCAACGAGCAACUGCCGACGGUUUGUCGCAACAUACUGUUCGUGGAGCCGAUCUCCUGGAUGCGCGACAUCUCGCACAGCACGCAGGGGCGCUUGCAUUGCCCGAAGUGCGACCAAAAGGUGGGCAACUUCAGCUGGAUCAACGGCUGCCAGUGCCCGUGCGGCGAGGAAGUGUCGCCGGCGUUCUACUUGAUACCAUCGCGCGUGGAGCUCUCCAAAGCUGUGCAGAAUGUGCAGACAACGCUUUAGACUAGCGUCGCCGUGGCGUACACAAACGCUGGCUGCCUGGAGCAUUUAUUCACAAAAGUAUUACUUGAAUUUGAAUUGCAUACAAAGUAAAGAAAGAGAAAAUAAGAAAAAAACACAAAAACAAACACAAAAUUUAUAAAUCUUGAUGUGUACCAUUGUGAAAUUGAAAUGCUUCCAU